AUGCAGCGGAGGUGGAGACAGGAUUCCGAAAACGGGGGGUGGGGGGGUGGGGGUGGCCUUUCCGCGGCCCCUUCUGCACGCUCCUUCCCGACCAGGACACGCAAAGGGAGCACUUCGGGGCGGUCCCGGCCCUGCGCGGGGCACCCGGACACCCGCAGGUGCAGCGCAGUGAGGAACGGGGAGCAGCACGGGGUCCCCCCGGGAAAGGGGAGCCCGCGGCUGUGCAGGGCCAGGACCCCCGCGCCCCCAGCCGGGAGCGGCCUCGGCCUCCCCAGGGCCCCCUCGGCGGGACCACGGAGGCGGAAAACGCAAACUCGGCGGGAGAGCGGCAGCUCGCGGUCCGCUCCGGUUGCGCGCGGCGGGCCUCCCUCUAGCGGCCGCGCCCGGGAAUCGCGCGGGGGGCGGGGGGCCGUGCGCGCCUGUGUGCGCGCCCGUGAGCGCGAGCGUGUGUGCGUGCCCGGGAGCGAGCGGGACGGGGUCCCCGGGAGCGCUCCUCCUGCCGGCGGCCGCCGUGCGCUCGCGGGGUCCGAGCCGAGCUGCUGCGGCGCGUCACCCCCAGGCGCUGCCAACUUCGCCAACUGGCCUCAGCGCCCGCGUGCAGUCCGUGUUGCGUCGACCCCUACGCCGUGCGCUCCCGCCGCGGGGCUCGGUCUUCCCAACGUCGCCCUCCCUCCGGCUGCUUCUGGGGCGCGGGAGGGGCUGGUCACGGAGCCGGGAAGUGUCCCCAGCCCGGCUGUCCCCAGGGUCCUCUCCACGGUCUGCGGGCCGGCCGCGCGUCCGGUGACCUCAGGCGUCGCCGCGGUGCCGGGACGGGCGAGCAUCGCCGGGCUCCAGGCUCAUUCCCGACGCAGAGUCAGGGCGCGGGCAGGGGAGGACGGGGGCACCCCCGGGUGGGGACGCCGCCCGCGCAGCCUGAGCAACGGGGAAGGCACCCCGACUCCGGGGGGACCGGCGCCCUCCGCAAGGUGGACGGAGAAGGCGCCCCAGGCCGAGCGGACCCCGCGCGCGCCCGCUGAGCCGCGCGCCCAGUGCCCGCGGCGGCCUCCGCGCACCGCCUCCCGGGAGCGAGACCAGCGCGGCCUGCGCGGGAGGACAGGGCUGGGGCCGUGGGCAGGCGCACCGAGCUCCUCCCGCGGGCGAGAGAGGGCGCCAGGCGAGCGGGGCUCCGGGGAGGGCGCGCCCGAGGGCACCGGGGACGGAGGCCACCGGGUCAGGGGGGGCCCCGGGGAGGGCGCACCCGGCCAGCGGGGUCCCCGGGCAGGGCGCGCUCGGUCAGCGGGGGCUCCGGGGAGGGCGCGCCCGAGAGCACCGGGGAGGGAGGCCACCUGGUCAGCGGGGUCCCUGGGGAGGGCGCAUCCGGUCAGCGGGGUCUCCGGGGAGGGCGCGCCCGAGAGCACCGGGGAGGGAGGCCACCUGGUCAGCGGGGUCCCCGGGGAGGGCGCAUCCGGUCAGCGGGGUCUCCGGGGAGGGCGCACCCCGAGAGCACCGGGGAGGGAGGCCACCCGGUCAGCGGGGGCCCCGGGGAGGGCGCAUCCGGUCAGCGGGGUCUCCGGGGAGGGCGCACCCCGAGAGCACCGGGGAGAGAGGCCACCCGGUCAGCGGGGUCCCUGGGGAGGGCGCAUCCGGUCAGCGGGGUCUCCGGGGAGGGCGCACCCCGAGAGCACCGGGGAGGGAGGCCACCCGGUCAGCGGGGGCCCCGGGGAGGGCGCACCCGGCCAGCGGGGUCCCCGGGGAGGGCGCGCUCGGUCAGCUGGGGCCCUGGGGAGGGCGCGCCCGAGAGCCCCGGGAGGGAAGCCACACACGAUCAGCGGGGUCCCCGGAGAGGGCGCACCCCGAGAGCACCGGGGACGGAGACCACCCUGGGUCAGCGGGGUCCCCGGAGAGAGCACCAGGGACGGAGGCCACCCCGGGUCAGCGGGGUCCCCGGGGAGGGUGCACCCGGUCAGCGGGGUGCCCGGGGAGGGCGCAUCACGGGAGGGCACCCCCACUGUCGGGGAUAAGCCGGGGAACUGUGGCCAGGGCGCCCCCCACCCCGCAGGCCCCAGCGGCUGGCUCAGAGGAGGAGCACCUGGUGAACCCCGAGCUGGCACACCCUGGUGUGCGGUGCGUCCUCCUGUAUUCCCCUCCAGGGUGGCCCCUGGGGGUCCCUGUGAGCUUCUGCGCUCCUGCUAG